AUGGCCGUCCUCCACACAAAAGCUUUAAAGUAUAGCAACGGGCAGCAUAAGAUCACUGAUAUGGUUUUCGCUGUGUUCCCCGAAUUCGCGUUCGUUAGGGAUGCAACCGAUGAAGUCGAAGAUUUAUUGGAUAGAAGCGAUGAAGAUGAUGAUGACAGCGACGAGGAGGAUUCGGAUGACUGCGACUGCGACGAGGAUGGGGAUGAUUAUGAUAACGAGGAUGCGGGUGGACACGACGAUGAGAAUAUUGUUGAGAAUAUGGAGUCAGAUGCCUAG